AAGCCCAGCGCUGGAAGAGGAACGGAAACAGCCAUGUCGGCGUAAUAAUCAACGACACCGCUGUAUUAACGGUCGCCAGUGGUCUACGCGAUCCCAAAACCCGCAAAGCUAUGGCCAACAUCGCGGUUCGCGCCACCUCCGGCUCAGCAGAAAUAGAGGCCCAGUAUAUUCUGGCCAAGCGGAUGUUCUUCCAGGACGAUCACCUCCGCGCCACCAACCGCUACCCGAACCGUCUUUUCGUCCUCCUGGAACUGGAGCAACCUAUCAACAUGGAGCGCGCCUGUCCAGUGUGUUUCUCCGAUCGGCGUCAGGAUAAGCCGCUCUCGGACAGCAAUUCCUACGAUAACCGCGCCUAUCUUGGAGAGUGUACGAUGUACGGACGCUACAAGGUGCCUUGGAGCUGGCUGUUAACAGGGGAGGGCCUACAGUUGCGGCCUGUGGGUGUACCGGCGGCCCCUUGGGAUAUUCGGACCUGCACCGACACACAUACGGAUAUUGCUCAAAAAGAUCACCCGCGCUAUCUGCGUGGACCGUCACUGACGGGUUUCUGUGCUGGUGGGCCUUUACAAGCGCCGUUUUGUCUUGCGGACACGGGAGCACCAUUGUAACUUAUUU